GGCAGGUCAAGCGUUGCAGGCUUUCAAGUUUAGGCCAGGCCUGCACCUCCACCAUGUGCAUCUACUGUAGCUCCUAAUGGUUUGUCAAUCAUCAUCGCCACAACUACAGCAGGGUGAUUUAGGGAGGAAUGCCGCGCCUCACUUGCCUCUUUUCCUCGUUUUGAAGCAGCAGCGGCGGCAGCAGCAGAGGGAGCGAGCAGACCCGCCCUCUAGACGCCAUUUCUCCACCUCACUAUCUAGCGCUAGCGGGUUGACGAGAAGGCUGAAGCCGCCUGAUACUAACAAGGAGAAACGAAGUUCAGCGGAGAAAGCCGUGCUUAGGUCGCUUUUUCGGGGGCAAAGACGCGCGUACGCGGCCGGGGACACACUCACGGUGGAACCGUUUUUGAUAUUUUAAGGAAGCAGCUGCUUAACUUGUGAUUUCGUUGGUGUGUGUGUGAAGACGUGUUGAAGGCCGCCAUUUUUGUUACAGCUAGCUAGCGUUACCGAAGUCAGUCGGGAGUGUUGAUUAGCCGCGCUAGCCGCAGCAGAAGCGCAACAAAACGCCCCUUUGUGCCUUUUUUCUCCUUGAAAUUUCCGCGAGGACUUGAUUAAUGGACGCGUCUGCCUUGUGUCGCUCGGCACCGUGAUGUAGACUGGCUUUUAUUAGAGUAUAAUGGCGACCUUUUCUCUUUCGUGAAGUGACAGUGGCUGAGACCGCUAACCUAGCUGGCUAAUAUUGUUUCUUAAACUAGCUAGCUUAGCUGCUACUUUCGCGGAAGAGGGAACGGAAAAAGGGGAACUUUAAUGGGUUUUCUCUUGAUUUGUGUCACUAACGGUUCGGCUGUUUUUUGAUUUUUUUUAAAACCAAGGCGAAACGUACAACUAUUGCCUUCGUCGGCGUCAAAAACAGAGCUAUGGUAGCUAUAAUGCAACAAAGUUGGUUCGUGCCAGUCGCAGCCUGUCUGUGAAACAUCAGGUUGCGCCGUUUCUUUGGCGUCCGAACCAUCAACGUUAGGGCAUAUUUACACUUUAUAGGCGUCCUUUACCUUUUCCAUACGGUGUAGGAUUAAUUUAUUGUUUAGUUAUAUAGUUAUACGUUGCCUUUUUUUGUUUGUUGCUUCGAGUCUAUUUAUUUCAGGACAGACAUGUCGUCGGCGCGGUUCGAUUCAUCGGACCGAAACAGUUGGUAUUUCGGGUCUCUUUCAAGGCAGGAGGCGCAGAGUAGGUUACAGGGACAGAGGCAUGGCAUGUUUUUGGUUCGCGAUUCGUCCACCUGUCCUGGUGACUACGUGCUGUCGGUGUCCGAGAAUUCCAAAGUCUCCCACUAUAUCAUCAACUCUUUGCCGAGCAAGAGGUUCAAGAUAGGCGACCAAGAGUUUGAACAUCUGCCCGCGCUUUUGGAGUUCUACAAAAUACAUUACCUGGAUACAACUACCUUGAUAGAGCCUGCGCCCAGGUACCCCAACACAGCUCUAACCACUGGUCCUAUUCAGACAAUCGGUGGACCCAGAGAUGAGAAUUCGGAGUAUGUGCGGACUCUUUAUGACUUCACUGGCAGUGAUGCAGAGGACCUUCCUUUCAAGAAGGGUGAGAUCCUGAUUAUCCUGGACAAGCCUGAGGAGCAGUGGUGGAGUGCCAAGAACAAUGAAGGGCGUGUUGGUAUGAUUCCUGUACCCUAUGUUGAAAAGCUGGUCAGGCCAUCGCCCCAUCCUGGGCAGCCAGGCCAUGGUGCCCGCAACUCUAACAGCUAUGGUAUCCCUGAGCCUGCACAUGCCUAUGCUCAGCCUCAAACACCAUCUCCUUUACCCUCUGGUACACCUGGUGCUGUCAUCAACCCACUGCCCUCCAUGCAGAAUGGGCCCAUUAUGGCCAGAGCCAUCCAGAAACGGGUGCCCUGUGCUUAUGACAAGACCGCCUUAGCGCUAGAGGUGGGCGACAUUGUGAAAGUGACACGGAUGAACAUCAGUGGUCAGUGGGAAGGUGAAGUAAAUGGCCGGAGAGGCUUGUUCCCGUUCACCCACGUGAAAAUAUUGGAUUCCCAAAACCCAGAUGAGAGUGAAUGACCUGGGUCUUGUACUGUCAGCACUCUCUCAACCUGCUGACUGCCCUACGUCGUCGUCAUCUGAAUCGCGCUUGCCUGCUUGAGGCUCUGCCACAGCGUGUCUCUCGAGCAUACCAUUUGCGCGGCUUUUGACUGUUUACAGCUCCAAACUCAAACCGUUCUUAAUCUCUCUCCCUGGUUACUGGUGAAUCAGUAUUUUUGUCUGCCCUAAAUGUCCUAUUAGUCCCAUGCUGUCGGCCAUCUGUCCCUGUGCCAAGGUGAGAUGCGAGAGCUGUGGCUCACUCUGUGACGCCUAGUCUUUCUUGCCCUUUUUUUUUUUUUUUUUAAUAAUAAAUUGAAAAGCUAGCUUUGACUGUUUGCAUACCAAACAUAUUUGAGAGAAUACAUUUUGUUAAAAAAGAAAGGGAAUAGACAUUCUUCAAAGUGAGAAGCAGAUGAGUAAACCCUCUGGAGUACACGUGCUGUUGCCAGCCCUUAACUUACACACCCUUCCCCUGUGUAAAGCUGAACCCUUGUGAGACUGAUUGGUCCCUGCUACAUAGAGUAACAGAUUUAUGAACAGCUCUGAAUGAUGAGAGGUUUCAGUCUUGCAGUGACGGGUUCUUUUAAGUGAAAAUAUUCUUUUUCAUUCAUCUUUGUGUGUCAAGCAGUCUAGUUGCAGACUUUCAGUGCUACUUUGUUUCCUGACGAGUAGAGUAUGUGGAACUAGUCUACGGUCGUAGCCUUUUCAUUUGUGCCAUAAUAACACAAGAUCUGUAAAUAUCAGGUGUAGUGUAAUGUAAAGGUUGUGGCUUGGAGGCUUUAACUUUAGAAUGGUGAAGGGCUUAGCUGUGAGUCUUAUCACAAUAAUUUGGUGAGAGUAUGUUUGGAAUAUAAUGAAAUCGCCACCUAAUCUAUGCCUUUCAUGCAAGCAGGAACAUUCGCACAAGCAAUCAUGAGGUAGUAUAUGCACCCUUUGAGAAUUGGAUUUGGUCUUUGAGGAACACUGCUUUCUGCCUUGCCUUUUUGCCCCCCACUGUUUACCCCCACUGUCAGAAGACUUUAGUAUCACCUCUACUAAACAAUAGUCUACAUACAAUAUGUAAUUUUCUCAUUUGUAAAAUUUUUAAUUUAGUGUAGUAAUAACAGCAUUCAGCCCUGGAUUUUGUUCUUAAGCCGUUGAAUCGAGCGUUUACUGUGUGUUUGAAAUAAACUGUUGUAAAAUCUUUAACCGAAGGUGGUUUUCUAAAAAGGGAUAAAAUGCCUGCUGGUGGCCUCUGUGCAUGACCUCCUGGCCAAGAGGUUUCUUCCCUCUUAGGUCUAAUGCUGCUUUGUGUCAUUUUGUUUUCUUCUUGUUUUUUUCACUUGCAUCAGUGAAAUAAACCUAUUCAUAGUUUCUCCUCUCCUGGCGUCAAUUUUAGGCUAAUCGUUAUCAAGCAAUACCCCAGUCCUUUCAAAAGUGCUCAAAUAAUUUAAGUUUUCAAAAUGUUUCCUUUUUUAAUGACGUUAACAGUAUUACUGUGCCAUUGUUUUUCAUUAGUAAAUAUCCACAUGGUCUCCUUAGUUGAAAAUGGAAACUUGUGCCUUUUUAUUUUCUUAUACCAUUUACAUGUGUUAAUAUUUCCCAUGGUUAACACCCUUGCUGGUAUGACCCAUCAUGUACAGAGUGAGUAAAUAAAAUUUUACGUUUACUUCUCUUAA